AAUAAAUUAUUGAGGAAUUGGUGGUAGUUAAAGUAAAGGUGUGGAGUCCAGGUAAUCCAGUUAAAGCAGAUAAUAUAAGAUUAUAAAUGGGUUAUAUAGCUGUGUGGAAGGGCCUUGAGUCUACACUGCCAUCUAAUCCAGUUAAAAUCUGAUAAUCUGUAUUUUAUAGGCAGUGUGGAAGAGGCCUGAGGCCUAACUCUGCCUGUCCCCUGGGUGAGUGGGUUGCUAGGAGACCAAGUGGGCGGAGCUUAGCCUUCUAACUGGCAGCAAUUUGAUAAAAACAAUUAUUCCUCUCCCUCUAAUUAGGACUUUAUUUUUCUUUUCUUUUUGUUGUAUCAACCUAGAGGCGUGGAUGAUGGGUUGUGCUGUCAAUUUUCGAGGUUGUAGGGUGUUUAGUUUUGUUGUUUUGGCGGUCGCCAGGGUUCCAUCACUCUUUUAUAUAUAUAGAUUAUUCAGUUUCAUCAGCAUAAACAGGGAAAAGACUGCAUCUGAUAAGAUCGCAAGUCCAAUUGAAUAAUGACCUUGUUGGUGGGCACCAGCUCAAAGUUCAGUCAGGUGGUAAUCGAAUCAUGAAGACACGAAGGUAAACACUAACCUUGUGAAUGAAAAAUACUCAAUGGUAUUGUUUUUAAAGGCAGAAAAUACAACCAUGAAGUGGACUCCUUGUUCUUAGUAAGGUUAUUUCUUCAUCACUUAUUUCCUCUGCCUAGCUUUGGAUAUGGGAGCAGAAGUCAAAGAUGCCUACUUGCACCUUGCGGUGUCUCUACAGAAAAAAGUACAAAGCAGAAGAUUUGGAAAUCCACAAAGUAAUGCUGCAGUGCUGCACACACUGCUCUCAGGAGGACCUGGGAUGUGUUCUUGUGCUACCCAACCCUCUCUGCUGUGCAGUGUUCCUCGCUCCCUCGUUCUCAUAUGCCCCCCUUCGCACACACACUUGUGAAAUGUGAGGAGCCUCCUGACAUUGGUCUGUUUUGCCUCCUCUUAACUUACAGACGGUAAAAAAUCUUUAGUCUCCUAAAGACUGCUUCUUCGUCUUCUUCAAAAGGCUGCUACAUUAUUUAAAGCCAUCAACUGGGGAUAGCUGCAGCUCUGGAUGGGAAACCGAAAUAGUCACUGCAGCAGCACCGGCAAUCCAGGGGUCUUAUUCUCCACCUCCCAGUCUUUUGUUUGGCUUCAAAGCACAUUUCUUUUCUCUUUUCUCUCACUUGGCUCUUGAUGAUGCUUUCGCAGAAAUGGUUGGGGGUGCUGUACUUCACUUUCUACUUAUGGGCUAAUAUAUCCCUCUUCUUCCGUCAAGGUUGUUUGGCAUGUAAAUCUGAAGAAAGGCUGUUUCAUAAACUCUUCACCCGUUACAACCAGCAUAUCAGACCUGUGGAAAAUGUGUCUGAUCCAGUUACAGUAUAUUUUGAGUUGGCAAUUACACAGCUUGCAAAUGUGGAUGAAGUCAACCAGAUUAUGGAAACCAACCUCUGGCUGCGACAUAUUUGGAACGACUAUAAACUGCGGUGGAAUCCAAUAGAAUAUGAGGGUAUUGAAUUUAUCCGGGUGCCAGCAGAUAAAAUUUGGAAACCUGAUAUUGUGCUGUACAACAAUGCUGUUGGAGAUUUCCAGGUGGAAGGACGGACCAAAGCUCUUCUCAAAUAUGAUGGCACCAUCGCUUGGACACCUCCUGCCAUCUUCAAAAGCUCCUGCCCUAUGGAUAUUACCUUCUUCCCCUUUGAUCAUCAGAACUGCUCACUAAAAUUUGGAUCCUGGACUUACGACAAAGCUAAAAUUGAUCUUUUAAUUAUUGGCUCCAAAGUGGAUAUGAAUGACUUUUGGGAGAACAGUGAAUGGGAAAUAAUUGAUGCUUCUGGCUACAAGCACGACAUCAAGUACAACUGCUGUGAGGAGAUCUAUACCGACAUAACCUACUCCUUUUAUAUCCGAAGACUGCCUAUGUUUUACACUAUUAAUCUGAUCAUCCCUUGCCUGUUCAUUUCAUUCCUGACUGUAUUAGUUUUUUACCUGCCAUCUGACUGUGGCGAGAAGGUGACCCUGUGCAUCUCUGUCCUACUUUCCUUAACUGUUUUCCUCUUGGUAAUCACAGAGACAAUUCCCUCCACUUCACUGGUAAUCCCUCUGGUAGGAGAAUACCUGCUGUUCACCAUGAUAUUUGUGACACUCUCUAUCGUUGUCACUGUGUUUGUGCUGAACAUCCACUACAGGACUCCGACAACUCAUUCUAUGCCCAAGUGGGUCAGAACUGUUUUCCUCAGUCUCCUGCCCAAAGUGCUGAUGAUGAAGAGGCCCAUACAAAAACAUGUUGAAACUCAACCUAAGAAACCCAAAAAGGCUGGGGAGCAAAAGGCCACAAAAGCAAGCAAGGAAAAAGCUGAUGACUUGGGAGAAGUGAAAGUCCUCGAUGAGCACAGGUGCUGCCACUGCGACAAACUCAGUGAACCAGCUACGGGUAAGAAAAGGAGGUCAAGCCAGUCUGCAAAGUGGGUGGCUGAGCAAAUGGACUACUCCCCUGAGGUCAAGCAAGUCAUUACCAGUGUCCAGCUCAUUGCAGAAAAUAUGAGGAGCCAGAACAAGACCAAAGAGGUAGAAGAUGAUUGGAAAUAUGUCGCCAUGGUGAUUGACAGAGUGUUCCUGUGGGUUUUCAUCAUUCUUUGUGUUUUUGGGACUGGAGGAUUAUUCCUUCAGCCACUGAUAGCAGACACAUAAUUUGAUUGUAUUUGGUCCCUUCAGGAUAAACCUCUGCCCUCACACCUUUUUUCAGGUGUAUAUUCAAAUCACCCAUGUGCAACAGUUAUACAGCAUUGCUGGAAAAACGGUGGCCCAGUUCCCAUCAGUCAUAGUCAGCCUGUGAGGUACCAUGAAAGUAGGAAUUCAUCAAUAAGUGGAGGGCCCAUCUUUUAUAGAACCGAGUUUUUUAUCCUUGAUCUGAAGAUCAAUAUUUUCUUCUUUGUCUCCUCACAAUGCAUUAAGGACCUCAUCCCAUUAGAUCAGUGGUUCUCAACCUGAGGUCCACAGAUGUUUUUGACCUUCAGCUCCCAUAAAUCCUAACAGCUGUUAAACUGGCUGGGAUUUCUGGGAGUUGUAGGCCAUAAACAUCUGGGGGCCCCAGGUUGAGAACCACUGCAUUAGACAAUGUUCCCAUUUCUAGAUGCUGUUAAAUUGAAGUCCCUCGGUUGCCAUCACAUGAUGGAAGCCUACAUUUAGUGGUCACCCGAUGGUCCUCAGUGCUUUCAUUCAAAAACCGCAUGUUUUUUGGAGCCGGCAGUCUACCAGCUCCAGCCAUCUGUACAUGCCUAGAUGUAGGGGAGAUUAUGGAUUUUCCCAUGUGAUGGCAACUGGUCAUUUUUGUUGUGCCAAACCAUUUUAUGAAGUCCGUGGGCAGUUACAACUGUUAACUUCUCUCACCACCAUUACUUCCUUGGGUCUAUCAUUACUGUCAGUCCCUGCAGUCAAAAGUUAAGUCUCCCCUUAUUAAAAGAAAUGUUUUGCAUUAUGAUAUCAACAACAGUCCAUGUAAGAAAGAUCUUGGAGUCUUCAUGGACAACAAGUCCACGAAGAACAAAUAUUGGGAACCCCCCGCUCGUCUUGAUUAAGUAAUAACUGUGUAGACCUCCGUUUCAGUAGUCAAGUGGCCCAACCAGGUGCCGGUGCGAUGUCAUCCUUAGUUCUCUGCCCCACCACAGAGAUACUCCCGUUUUCACGCAGUGGGUGGGUCUUUUAAGGGAAAAAAAGGUGAAGGAAGUGGAAUAGCGAGGACUCCACCAAUGCGUGAGAUGGCAAAUGAUGCAGGAGAAUCCAGAUAAGAAGUACAAAUGUGAUGGUGGAGUAUUAAUUCUCCAUUUUAUUUAAACAUGGGCUAACACGGAACACUAAUGACAAGAUCUGGAUGAACCCGCAUUAGUUCUCUAAGUCAUUCUUCCUGCAACAUAGCAUCUUCCAGAUAGGUUGGACUGCAACGUCCAUCUUCCUCAGCCAGUAUGGGGAAUGGGGGAUACCAGGGUCCAACACACUUAAAGAAUGCCAGGUAAAGGAAGACUGAAUUCAACCCCUAGAUUUCCCUAGUGUGGGAGUAACUCCACAACAAAUCCCCAACUCAUCCCACAUGACCCAAAAGUAUAACCUAGAAAAUCAAUUGCUCCCUUGUGGCUGCAUCUCCAUCCUGGUUGAAAACUCCUGAGGAGUUUCUAGGAAGUUCAGGUCAUAAAUAAGUGUGAUAAGCCAACCAAAAGUAUCAGAGGGGGCUGAUCACUACAGUUUCACUUGGACAAGUUAGUUACCUUUCUACCUUUAAUUAAAAGUGACAUCAAUGGGGAAAGAUAUGUAAGCAGCAAUUCUUUAACAUUUUGAAGAAGGAAAUAUCUGAUCAGUUCAAGAGGCCUAAACUAAAAAGAAGGUACGGAGAACAACUAAUGAAAUAUAGUUUCAGGGGUCACAUAUAGUAGAGUCUCACUUAUCCAACAUAAACGGGCCGGCAGAACGUUGGAUAACCGAAUAUGUUGGAUAAUAAGGAGGGACUAAGGAAAAGCCUAUUAAACAUCAAAUUAGGUUAUGAUUUUACAAAUUAAGCACCAAAACAUCAUGUUAUACAACAAAUUUGACAGAAAAAGUAGUUCAAUAUGCAGUAAUGUUAUGUUGUAAUUUCUGUAUUUACGAAUUUAGCACCAAAAUAUCACAAUGAAUUGAAAACAUUGACUACAAAAAUGCGUUGGGAUAAUCCAGAACAUUGGAGAAGCGAAUGUUGGAUAAGUGAGACUCUACUGUAUUUGUUUCCCACACCCAAACAUUUUAUCAAGAGAUACUACUGGAAAUGUGUUGUUAGGCUUUGAAGUAAGUUUGGUCCAUAUUAAUUGUUGGCUGGCUUGGGACGGCUAAUCACAAUACAUAGUGUUCAUUUUUGUGUCUUGGUGACUGAUGAUGUUGGAAUGACGUUGCAUUCCCCAAGUAAACAUCCUCCAAAUGUUUGGGACUACAACUCCCAUAAGAGGUUGGGGAUUAUGAAAAUGGUAGUAGAAUAUAUUGGCAUAUCUGUUCAAGAGGGUAAACUUGGAAAAAUGUUCUGUGAUGGCACUGAGAGAUAAAAAUGGUAUUUAAAUCCCAAUAGGAGAAUUAGGCAGCAGCAAAAUCUCUGCUUGGCAAGUUUCUCUGCAUUUAUUUCCACAUGUUCCACAGCUAUAAUUCAUGUACAUUUGUCAUUAAUGAUUGAGAUAUAAUUUAUUUAUGAAUGCUCAUAAUGCUAGAAUUGAUUGUGCAAUGUGUUUUUGUUAAGGUGACACAUAAUAUAAAGACAUACAGUAGAGUUCUGGUUAUCCGAUAUAAAUGGGCUGGCCGAAUGUCAGAUAACUGAAACUGUUAGAUAAUAGGGAGGCCCUAUUAUCCCUCCCGACAAGCCGGGUGCUUGGCUGGGAAGGAGAAGACUUUUCCCUCCCGGCAAGCACUCGGCCUGGAGGGGCCACUGCUGCCUAGAAAAACAGCUGUUUUUUCUAGGCAGCAACGUGUAGGAGGCCUCUCCAAGCCGGGUGCUUGGCUGGAAGGGAGGAGACUUUUCCCUCCCAGCAAUCACCUGGCUGCCUAGAAAAAUAGCAAUGUUCAUCAGGCCUCUCUAAGCGCCAGGCACCCGCCGGGAGGGGAGAGAGACCUGCAAGUUGGAUAAUACAAUGUGUUGGAGAAGCGGAAGUCAGAUAAAGGAAUUCUACUGUAAUUGAAAUGUAUUAAUCUUGCUAUAUAUUUGCUCAUUUUAGAGCAGAACUAAAUCAACUCAUAUUUCAUAUGAAGUAGUAUGAAGUAGCAUUACAAAUAACACAGAGUCAGUUUCCUCAUCAAAAGACCCAGAAAUCCCUCUGUUUCCUCCUUGGAGACAUCUUAAUUUCAUCCGAUGCUGACUGGGAUGAUGGGAAGUCUACUCCAGCAGAUAUGAAGAGCACCAGGUUGGAGAAAGCUGAUGUAGGGUUUCCUGGAAGUUGGGUGUUUAGUAAUAGGGAUGUGGGCAAAAUAAGUAAGGAAUGUUCUUUCACUUCCCAAAUUUUCAGCAUUGUAGUAUUUCAAACUUUCAGUUGAGCAUUUAACAUGAAUUUCAGGCUUCUAAACCAAAGGGGCAGGCACAGUUACAGGGAAUGCAAGCAAAACAAAUGUAAGUAUUUAAGUGCAAACGAUUAUCUUUAUGUAAUGGUGGGAAUUGAGGAAGUUAUGGAAGAUUUUCUCUAGCUAUAUUUUUGCUUGAAAGCAAGUAAGUUUUAAAAGGAGAUAUCACAACAACAAAAACAAUCCAAAGAUUUCUCACCAUUAAUGAACAGCUACAAAUCAUUCUUCUCUCACUCUGCCCAAAUUUAAGACUAUCUUUUCAGAUACAUUACUGGAUCAUCUCCAGCUAUAGCUCUUCCUGAGGAAAUAUCAUCCCUGUCUAUUAGUGAACAAUCAAACAAGCAAGAGACUUUAACAGGUGCAGCAGCAUCUAUAUUUCAAGAUUAAAAUCAUCCCCUGUCUUUGCCAGUGGCUGGUCUUUUCUUUAGACACGUAUUUUGCAUUCCCUACGAUGGACUGGCCUUGGCUAGUACUUGGAGGGGUCACGACCAAUGAAUUCCACCUGCUUUAGACUAUUUUACAUAGGAAGGAGUUGACAAAACCACUUUUGAGCAUUUCUUGAGAAAUUCAUAGGGUAUGUUGAGAAAUUCUGGAGGAAGUUUUACAUCAGCAAGUGCGGGCAGAAAGUAGAUCAGAAUCUAUCUAGUGGCAGAUCACUGAACAGCUUGCCAUGGAUUGGAACAGAUCUGGCUUCGAGUUGCUGUGAGUUUUCCAGGCUGUAUUGCCAUGUUCCAGAAGCAUUCUCUCCUGACAGUUCACCCACUUCUAUGGAAGAUCUGGCUUCCUUUUUUAUGAAAGCAAUAAUACUUUCCCUGUAUUAAAGUAAAGGUAAAAGUUUCUCCUGAUGUUAAGUCCAGUCGUGUCCGACUCUGGGGGUUGGUGCUUAUCUCCAUUUCUAAGCCGAAGAGCCGUCGUAGACACCUCCAAGCUCUUGUGGCCAGCAUGACUGCAUGGAGUGCUGUUACCUUCCCACCGGAGUGGUAAUUAUUGAUCUACUCACAUUUUUAUGUUUUUGAACUGCUAGGUAGGAACUCUCUGCCCCAGACUGUGGUGGAGGCUCCUUCCUUGGAGGCUUUUAAGCAGAGGCUGAAUGGCCAUCUGUCGGGGUGCUUUGAAUGCGAUUUCCUGCUUCUUGGCAGGGGGUUGGACUAGAUGGCCCAUGAGGUCUCUUCCAACUCUACUAUUCUAUGAUUCUAUUAUUCUAUGGUUGGCAGAAGCUGGACCUAACAGCAGGCGCUCACUCCGCUCCCUGGAUUCGAACCUGCAACCUUUCGGUCUGCAAGUUCAGCAGCUCAGCACUUUAACACACUGCCCCAUUACAUUUGUACAAUCCAUGAUCAGAGUAACUCAGAAGUAAAUUUAGAUAUCAGAUUUCAGGUCAUCGCAAUAUGUGAUUCGUGGAAUCAAAUCAUUUAUUGGUUUCACCUUCUGAACCAUUCUUUUGCAUCUAGUUUUGGAUAGCAGAGCAUGUAGAGCUAGUAAUAAAAUGCACACACAACUAGGCCACAUAAGGCCAAAAUCUCCUUGCUGGAAGGUGGGAAAGGACUUUCCCUUAUACUAAGACCAUUGCUCCAUCUAGUCCCAUACCCUGCAAUUGGUCUGACUUGUCCAAUUAAUCCCCUGUCCUACAUUGUGAACUAUUUUUAAAAUAUUUCAAUUUCUCUAUCCUCCUUCCAAUUUCCCCGUGUUCCCUAUUUUGAUUGCUGCACAUUGAAUUCAAAGUGUAAAAGAAGUUUGCACUCAACUCUGUGAGAAGAGAGGAAGACACAAAGCAUUGCCCUAUCCACUAGGCCCAGCAAAAGCAAACUGCUGUAGUCUCUCCUAACUUACCUGUUGUUGUUUUUCUCAUUUUGACCACACUCGGAUAUUGCAUAGCCACAUGUGCUCUGCUUUUCAUCUGUCAAAGGUUGGAGGGAAUGUAGCCUAAUACUAUUAAUUCUGAUUGCAUUCUUGUCUUCUUGCCUGGGUUUCAGGAAGGAUUUUCCCCAUAGACUUACCCAGUAAACCCUGUUGUUUCCUUCCAGAGGUCUCACAAGUACUGCUCAGUUCUGGCCCAGCUUAGCUUCCAAAAUCAAACAUUGGGCAUGUUCAAUGGGAUGUGGUGGAGUUGUAUAUAAAAAUUAUAAAUAAAGUUCAUGUGUACAUAUAUAGCAUUCCUUCCACUUUGCUUAUUUUUGCAAAGCAAUUACUAUGACAGUAGCACUUUGGUUUGUUCAUGUAAGGAAACAUGUUUGUGAAUAUUACAAUAAUAUGCAUGCAAAAUGUAUCAUUCUGGGGGGUUUUCACACACAAAGAAAGGCAAUAUUCUAACACAGCUUGAUGUACAUAAACCCCAUGGAAACACUGAAAGAAGCCCAAUAAUUCACUGAAUUUUCUGACCCAAUCCAAAGUUCAUGAUUUCUUGGAUUCACAGCAUUUGUCAUUUUAUUUGAAAUAUGUUUGUACAUUUUGACAAUGUGACACAUUUUAAGAAGCUUUAAAUAAAAUUAGUAAAUAAGUUUUUUAAA